GACCAAAAUCGUCUUUGUAAUUGGACAGAGAGAAGGGGCUCGUUACAAGCGAAACAAUAGAACGCUCAAGAAAUCAAUGAGAUGCUGUCUCCUACUUCAUAAGGUUUCAAAGGUCCCGGUUCGCGAUGUCGUUCCACUCUCUUCACUUUUAUACCACCCGCGCUAUUCGAUGUAUCACAAAAAGUCUCUCAGCGUGCAUUUCGACGUCGUCAACGAUAAAAAUCGUUUUCUUUCAUUGCAGCUUAUCCUUGAGAAACUAAGUGGUUGCGUGGGCAGGAGACAGUACAAAAUGAAUAGCAACCUUUCCAACUAUUUCGAAAAGCUAAAGGAACUUGGAAUUGAUUGGCACGAGCUGAAGCUCCUGAGUCGAGAGGAGCUGCUUGAGCUUUUUCGGCAUAUAAAAGUUAACCACGCGGAGAGAGCUGUGUUGUUGACAAUUCUCGAGGUCAAGCUAUGCGGUGUUCUCUGUCGCUCCAGCACGCGCUACUCCACAAAUAUUUGCAUGAAUCACGGUCAUGCAGAGCAUGGCUGGCGGUGUGGAAAGAACGGUCAUACGUGUGAUGUCUAUUUUGAGGGAAAGCAGCGAGCUAAUACAGCAGCACUGCAGAUUGCUAACCGUUCUUUCCUUCGUGAGGCAAAACGUGAUGGCAUCUAUGUAGAUGUACGCAGUUCACCCAACUUUAGCAUUGUGGGGAGGUUGCAGGAGGACCUAAACCCACGAAUUUGGCAGACCCCCGAGAGCCCCAACUUCAUGGUGUCGAUCAUUGGCUACGAGUUUCGCGUGCAUCCCUGCGACCCGAGGGUGUCUCCGCAAAUUGAAGAGGCUGCCGGGGAGUGGGAGCUGCACGCGGCCGUUGUUAAGCAGAUACUAUGGGAAAUGCUCGAAACAAAUGCGGUAGAGCGCGCCCCUCAGCCUUUGGAUCUUCGUCCGGGGGAGGUGGGCGAGCCGGACUCCCCACAGUCCUUUUCUAGUUCCUUCACAACGGAAUGGGGAAACUCAUGCGAGGGCUCUGACGCUGCGGAGGAAAAGGUGAUUGUGGAGCAACGCAUGAUGAUGGCAGAUGGCGAGGAGCGGCCAUGGUUCCAUCCCCCUUUGCAACAGAAGUAUGCUGACGGCGUACCUAUGAUUCUCCCUUUUGCUCCAAGUGUGGUUAUCAAGAGCUCCUUUAGGCAGAUCCAGCGCCACUCAUUUAGUGAGGAUAUUUCAAAGCAGCUCAUGCAGCCCGUGUUGGAUAUUUCUUGUCUUGUGCAUCCCGAAGCUUGCUUCUGGUGGAGUCAGGAAAUUGAGGAAAGGUGUGUGAGGCAGAUACUGGAUUACGCGAAGCGAGUGCCAUUUGCGUUGCCGUUUUAUCUAUAUUUUCGUGUUGACUCGUCAAAGCAGAUGCGCAUCCACCCAGAAAUACAGGAAAGAAAAGACGCUAUGCUUAAGGAGAAAUCAAAGUGGUUCGACCUUCGUCAUUUCAGAGAAGUCUACUCGCGACAAUAAAGCAGUUCACCAUUGACGAUAUAUCUUGCAUGAGAACUCAAUAACCGCUCUAAACUGAU